CACUGCACAAAUUACUGUAGGAAAAAGGAUGCAUCCAAGACGGCUGGUCAGUGAAAAGGUGGGCGGAGCUGAGGGCACCAAGCUCGAUGAAGACUUCAAGGAAAUGGAAAGAAAGGUGGACGUGACCAGUAAGGCUGUGUCAGAAAUGAUUGCUAGAACCUCUGAGUAUCUGCAGCCAAACCCAGCAUCAAGAGCCAAGCUGUCUAUGCUCAACACAGUAUCCAAAAUUCGUGGGCAGGUCAAGAAUCCUGGCUAUCCACAACCUGAGGGACUUCUGGGGGAAUGUAUGCUGAAAUAUGGCAAAGAGCUAGGAGAGGACAAUAAUUUUGGUGCUGCCCUUGUGGAUGCUGGAGAGACAAUGAAGCGACUGGCUGAGGUGAAGGACUCUUUGGAUAUUGAAGUAAAGCAAAACUUUAUUGACCCGCUGCAGAACCUAUGCGACAAAGACCUCAAAGAGAUCCAGCAUCACCUAAAAAAACUGGAGGGUCGUAGGCUAGACUAUGAUUACAAGAAGAAGCGUCAGGGUAAAAUCCCAGAUGAGGAGGUGCGCCAAGCUCUGGAGAAAUUUGAUGAAUCCAAGGAAGUUGCAGAGACCAGUAUGUUCAACCUGCUAGAGACUGAUAUAGAGCAGGUCAGCCAGCUGUCCGCUCUGGUGGAGGCCCAACUUGAUUACCACAGACAAGCUGUUGAAGUCAUGGAAGAUCUUUCAGAAAAGUUGAAGAUAAGGAUUAAUGAAGCAUCUUCACAGCCUAAAAGGGAAUACACUCCAAAGCCUAAGCCAGUUUACAGCUAUGGAGACCAAGAUCAGUCGAAUGGGGGGUUUUCUUAUGGAUCUUCAGCAGCAAGCCAACCCUCCAGUAAGGCACCAGCAGCUUCAUUCCGCUCGGAUCGACCAGUCCGUGCCCCCAGUGUCCGCAGCACCUCCAUGGAUCAGCCAUGCUGCAAGGCGCUGUACGACUUUGAGCCCGAGAAUGAUGGCGAAUUGGGCUUCAAGGAGGGUGACAUAAUCACGCUGACCAAUCAGAUUGAUGACAACUGGUAUGAAGGCAUGCUGCAUGGCCAGUCGGGCUUCUUCCCCUUGAACUAUGUGGAGGUCCUGGUUCCCCUUCCCCACUAGAUACUGGAGGACUUUAAAUGCAGUUUUCAGAGAACGACUUGAAGAACACUACGUUAACUCUCGAUUCAUGUCUCUCUCUCUCUCUCUCUCUCUCUCUCUUUUUUUUUAUUCCCCCUCCCUCCUUUCCUCCCUCACCCCCGACACCAUCACUACAACCCCAACAGACCCCUCUGUAACCUUUUCAGCAUCGUCACACUAAAAUCCCCUGAGUGGCAGCUUCUUCUGCCUUAAACAGGGUGGGUUAAAUUACAUCCUGUGAACUGGUGGGCACUGGGGUCACUUAACAUUCCAACACAUUGCAGAGGAAGGUUAACAGUAUUAAAUAUCUCGUUUGCACACUUGCAGGAGCCAUGAGAGCCGUGAGAGCCGUGGUCCUGCAUACAUACACUAAAGGGACCAAACUAACAACUGAAAACUUUUUUUUUUUUUU